AUGCACAUUCCCUCCCAGCACCGCGCAGCAUAUAUUCACACCAAAGGCGAAGCGCCUAAGAUUGCCAAACGUACUCUCGGCGAGGUCAAGCCAGGCGAGAUCGCCAUCAAGAUCGCAGCGACAGCGAUCAAUCCAGUGGACUGGAAGAUCCGUGACUAUGGAUUGUUCCUCGUUCCUAAUUGGCAAUACCCGGCCAUUUUGGGAUCUGAUGGUUCUGGCACGGUAGCAGCCAUCGGCAAAGACGUUUCUGGUUUCAACUUUGGCGAUCGAGUGUUUUUCCAGUCCGGGUACGGCGACGAUGACGUCUCCACAUUUCAAGAGUACAUCAAGAUCCCCGCCGAGAUUGUUGCGAAGACUCCCAAGAACAUCUCGGACGAGGAGGCGGCAGGCAUUGUCCUGGCUACAAUGGCCGCCGCUACGGCGUACUACGACACGACCGGACAAGGACUGAAAGCACCAUGGGUCGAGGGAGGAAGUACAGCCGGCAAAGGCAAAACUAUUGUCAUUCUAGGUGGUAGCUCGUCGGUGGGCCAGUAUGCUAUUCAGCUUGCGCGCCUGUCAGGCUUCGAGCGUAUCAUCACCAACGCCAGCGCGGUACAUCACGACCACCUUCAGAGUCUUGGAGCCCAUGUCGUACUCGACCGCAACGCUUCCGGUCUCAAGGAUUUCCACAAAGCACUAGAAGGAUCGACGCUGGAAUUUGUCUUUGACACAAUCGCCUCCAAGGAAACACAAACACUAGGUGUUGAGAUUCUGCAAGCAACCAGCACGAAGGGUUCACGCGUAGUGAUCGUAGGCCCAGUUAAUGAUGAGGCCAAGAACCUCGGCGAGUCCAAGGAGCCGCACGUUGCGGUCCAGCAGAUUAUGGGCAUUGCCCUGAAGCCGAAGUUACGUUCCAUCAUCAAGGGCCUGACAGAUAGCCUUGGAGGUCAGGACGGAUGGGUUUCGAACGGAGAAUUCAAGCCAAACCGUGUUGAAGUAAUUACAGGCGGUCUAGAGAAGCUGCAGGAGGGUAUGGAGAAGAAUAAGCACGGCGUGUCUGGAGUGAAAAUUGUUAUACAGUACUAG